AUGUCGCUCCAGUUUGCAGUGCCUGCAGCUAUUGCGGCCUGGAUUGUGGGUCGCAAGGGCCAGUCCAUCAAUGCAAUACGAGCCCAAAGUGGAGCUAGCAUUGAUGUCUCCAAGGAGGGUGCACGCUACCGUGUGAUUGACAUCCGCGGUGCAGAGCAGGCGCUGAUGAGCGCCAUUGAGAUGGUGGUGGAACAGGCAUCAACCCUCCCAGACGGAUGGACAGAGUCCAUCAGGAUAGUGCUGCCGGCAGGCACGGCCGGAUACAUCAUCGGCCGGCGCGGCGAGGCCAUCAAGGAGCUCCGGCGCAGCUCGGGUGCCGAGAUGGACUUGGCCCAGCUGAACGCAGGAGCGGAGCAGCUGCUGGUGAUCAGUGGUGAGGUCGAGGUGAUUGUCGAGGCAGCUCAGAUGGUGGCUGGCAUGGCCUCUGUCAAUCUGACGAUCAAGCCCGUCCAGGCGCCUGCUGGCGCCAACGCGGGCGAGUUUCAGGUCAGCAUUGACACCACAGCUACCGUAGAGGAGCUGAAGGAGAAGGUUUCCGCACAAGUCAACAUCCCAGCGAAGAACAUUCGGCUGGUGUGCAUCGGCCGCAUCUGGCAGGACACCCAGACCGUCGGGUCUUACGAGCCGAAAGACGGAGUCGUGGUGCACUGUCUGAACAAUCCGCAAAGGGAAGCCCCCCCAGUCGCCAGCCAGUCGUUGGCUCCGGCGAACCCCAUGGCGCAGAUGAUGGGCGCGGCACCCGCGCCGCAGGCCAACUCAGGCGAUCCCUUCUCCCAGAUGAUGGCGCAGACUCAACAGCAGAUGAUGCAGAAUCCAGAGAUGAUGCAGCAGCUGAUGAACUCGCCCAUGGUUCAGCAGAUGAUGAGCAACCCGGAGGUUUUGAGGACGAUGGUUCGCAUGAACCCGCAGCUCAACGAGCUCAUGGAGCAGCGACCGGAGAUCGCCAGGAUGCUGGAGGAUCCGGAGUUGCUCCAGCAGUCCAUGCGCAUGGUUGCGAAUCCGUCGCUGAUGCGAGAAAUGACCAGGAAUGCAGAUCGCGCCUUGGGCCAGCUCGAUGCCAUGCCGGGUGGUCACAACGCGCUGGUGCGAGCUCACGAGGAGUUUGCGGACCCGCUCUUUGAGGCCAUGUCGGGAGGAGGCAGCAGCGCCAGCGGCGGGAACGCGACAGCGGUCGACUACUCGCAGGACACCAGCUCCGGACCCAGCAGUGAGGCGCUGCCCAACCCGUGGGGCCCGACGCCGGCCGCGAACACCCCGGCGGCUACCCCGGCGCCAGCUGCAGCCGCCAACCCGGCAGGCGCCAUGGCGGGUUUGGGCGCCUUAGGUGCGCCAGGCGCCUUGGGGGGUGCGCCAGGCGCCUUAGGCGGUGCACCGGGUGGCCUCGGUGCCAUGGGUGGUCUUGGUGGCAUGGGUGGCCUAGGUGGCCUGGGCGGCUUUGGGGGUUUGGGUGGCUUGGGUGGCAUGGGCGCCCUGGGUGGCAUGGGCAUGGGUGGCCUGGCCGGGUCAGGGGCUCCUGGUGGCAUGACCAGCCCAGCAGCACCGACAGCUGGCGCGACCGCUCCGGGAACGGCCGGGGCGACGGGGCCGGGAGCGGGCACUGCCGGAGCUCCCGCGAACAUGAUGCAGCAGAUGAUGAGCAAUCCUGCCCUGAUGUCCAUGAUGAUGAAUCCAGCGAUGAACCCUUUCGCUGGGGGCACAGGCGGUUAUGCUGCCGGGGCACCCCUGGCACAAGCACCGGCACAAACCCCGGAGCUUCAGAGAGCGCGGUUUGCGUCGCAACUGACGCAGCUCUCUGCCAUGGGCUUCACGAACGAGGCUGCUUGCCUCAGGGCCUUGGCCCAGCACGAGGGCCGCUUGGACGCGGCCAUCGACACCCUGCUCUCCGGUGACGGCAACAACCCCUAA